AUGCUACUAUCAAGUGCUUAUGCGAUUGCUGGAAGGUUGCCAGAUCAUACGAGAAGAACACAGGAAAGGGAGGAUGAAAAGAUAGUGAGAGGAGAGAAAUUCAGGCCAGUUGGAAAAGAAAACCUGAUAAAGGAAGCUGGACGUAGCACAAUUGAGAUGGAUAGUCAAGGUUGA